AUGAGCUCUCUUGCCACUACCUUCGUCAACCCUCUUACCACCACCUUCGUGCCACCGGCCGAGUGCACCACUGAUACAUACGACAUUUCAUGGUCUCAGAGCUCUGGUUACACUUGGUGGUGGGCGAGCCUAGGCGCCGAAGAUUGGACCACUUGCUUCCCAUCCGAAUAUGAACCAACAAGCUAUUUCUCGCCAGGCAUCUGUCCAGAGGGAUACUCCGCUGCCGGCGAGUCGCAGGUCACGAGUAGUGGUGAAGUCGAGACACGAGCCACUUGUUGUCCUAGUUACUACAAUGCUCAAACCGGCACGGAUUGGCCUUGGUACACAUCGAAUCAAUGUACAUCCUCCAACGCCAACGCUAGUUCCGUCUAUAGCUAUACUGUGACGGUCUCAGGGACUUCGACAGUAACACAGACGGGGACUUUUGGCGUCAAUGCUAAGGGUGUUUCCAUUCGGUGGAAGUCAGCUGACUUUGCGCCAUCAACAUCGAGUUUAAGCGCAAGUUCAACAACUACAACGUCGGCUUCCACCCCUGAUACCACUAGUCAAGCCGCAACAGCGACAACAAUAGCAGCAUCAGCAGCAGCGAGUGAUAACAGCAGCCAGAAUUCCUCCAGUGGUCUCUCAACAGGCGCAAAAGCAGGCAUGGGAGUUGGAAUUGCUGCUGGUGCUAUGAUAUUUAUUACUCUCGCCUUCUGGCUCUAUCGGAGACGGCGAAAGACCAGCUUUAUCCAGAAUGGCCGGAUAAAAAGUCUUAGUGAACUAGGCGCGACACCAAAGCCUAGCGAACUAGCUGCACGACCAAAUGCUAGUGAAUUAAGUGCACUAAGCCCACAGAACCCUCAGAUGAAAACGGGGUUCUACCCGUAUGAGAUUGGCUCAAGUGAAGGAAGUAUACGACUACGAGAGAUGUCUCCUGUAGAGCUAGACACCCCUCGGUGA